AUGGAUCGCAGCCGAGAGGCCGAGGUGGAGCUGAGGAGGGGCUCGAGCCCCGGCAGGGCCAGCAGGAGCCCCGAAGUGGACGGGGACAAGGCCAUGAGCCACAGCUGCUGCAUCUGUGGCAAAAGCUUCCCCUUCCAGAGCUCCCUCUCACAGCACAUGCGCAAGCACACGGGGGAGAAGCCCUACAAGUGUCCCUACUGUGACCACAGGGCCUCGCAGAAGGGCAACCUGAAGAUCCACAUUCGCAGCCACCGCACAGGCACGCUGGUCCAGGGCCACGAGCCGGAGGCUGGCGAGCUGCGGGUGUCUGAGGGCCUGGAUGGGUGCACCAGCCCCACGAAGAGCACCUCCGCCUGCAACAGGAUCCUGAACGGGGCCACCCAGGUGGACAACAGCAAGAUCCUGCUGAGGAGCAGCAAGAAGGAGGCCGAGGGCGCCGCGGGCGCCCCGGGGGAGGGCCAGGCCGCAGCCCAGUGCUCCUUCUGCAAGUGCAAGUUUGAGCACAGGAAGGACCUGGAGAACCACGUGCACCAGGCUCACAAGCCCUUCCGGUGCCGGCUGUGCAGCUACGUGACCCUCCGGGAGGAGUCCCUGCUGAGCCACAUCGAGAAGGACCACAUCACCGCGCAGGUGCCCAGCGGUGCCGAGGCGGACGCAGAGCACGGCAAGCCCGAGCUGACCCCCGGGGAGUUCCCCUGCGAGGUGUGCGGCCAGGCCUUCAGCCAGACCUGGUUCCUGAAGGCUCACAUGAAGAAGCACAGAGGCUCCUUCGACCACGGCUGCCACAUCUGUGGCCGGAGAUUCAAAGAGCCGUGGUUCCUCAAGAACCACAUGAAGGCGCACGGCCCCAAGACGGGGAGCAAGAACAAGCCCAGGAGCGAGCUGGACCCCGUCGCCACCAUCAACAACGUGGUGCAGGAGGAGAUGAUCGUGGCUGGCCUGUCCCUCUACGAAGUCUGCACCAAGUGCGGGAACCUGUUUACAAACCUGGACAGCUUGAACGCUCACAACGCCAUCCACCGCCGGGUGGAGGCCGGUCGGACGCGGGCUCCGGCCGGGGACAGCGCCGUGGUGCAGGGCGGCCCCCCGGACUCCCAGCAGCUCUUCCUUCAGUGCCUGAACCUGCGGCCCACGGUGGCCGGCGCGCCCGCCCGCGGGCAGGCCGGGCGGCGCGUGGCCGAGCUGGACCCGGUCAACAGCUACCAGGCCUGGCAGCUGGCCACCCGGGGCAAGGUGCCUGUUGGGGUGCCCGCCCCCGCCAUGGCCAGUCCCCUGGGCCCUGCCUUCCACGUGGCCACCCACGUGGCCUUGGCCGGGCCCUCCCGCUGUUGUCAAGUGGGAGGAGGCCCCCGGAGGAGCGGCCGCUUCCUGCUUCCUGCGCGGCCUGGCACACCCCCUGGGAGGCGCCGUCGCCGGGCGGUGGCAGGAAGGCAGCAUGCCAGCGUCUCUGCGGCACCGGGACCCUGGCAGGUGCGCUGGGCCGUCCUCGCCGUUGGCGGCAGCCGGCCGGGCCGCCUCAGGACCCGCGGGGUCUCCCUGUGCCGGUUCCUGGUUGGAGACGCCCAUGUGCCUGGAGCCGUGUUGCCCCAGAGCCUGCACACUGGAGCCUGGUGCUCCUCGCCCUCUGCUCCUCGGUCUCGUGGGGUCAAGGAGCAAAGGGCCAACCCGAGCCUGGCCACAGGUCUUCUGUGCAGCACACGGGUCCUGUCUGAGGCCUCCGCCAACUCCGCGUUGGGAUGGGACUGGUUCUGGUGGCGGCUCAGCCACUCGUUCGCCGCUGAAGGCGGAGAGCUGGGCGGUGACUGGGGGAAGGGCCACUGCCCUGCGUCUUCAGCGUCCCCGGCCUUCCUCUGCGUCCGGCUGUGCUGCGCCCUGGGGCCCCGUCUGUGUGCUUGUCCCCUGUGA